AGGAUUGCCCAAGAGUCAAAUGUGCUGAGUGUGGGAUGGAGGUUGCUUUCCCGAAAGUACGAGAACAUAUUCAGACCUGCAAGAAGGGUCAGUACCCUAGUGAUGGAGACUAUGCUGAUGACGAGUUUGUACCUUAACCUGUGGAUGAUGUGGAUGAACCAGAUUAUCCGGUUUCGGCAGUACUAAAAUCAAGGCAGAGGAGCCAAACAACCCUGUUAUUGAUCUCACUGGUGUUGAGCAGGCCCUUGUUGAAGUUUGAAAGUUCGAAGAUGUCAUUGACACCAACCACACUGUGGU